AUGGGUGAGUACGGUACCGUCGUAGUGUGGUUGUGUAGCCCAACACACCGUACGAAUAAUCACAAUCGAGUAAUAGAACUUCCACGUGAUGGGUUACGGAACACUGAGAUGUAUACAACAAUAGUCAAACUGAGAUCUCCACCAAGGGAAUAUAUUGGUUUGAUUAAUAAAGGAAGUGACCUUCUCUGGGUUAAUUGCAAUCAAUGUGAUAAUUGCCCUCAAUCUAAUGAACUUGGGUUUAAGUUUAAUUUCUUUGAUACGAUGAGUUCAUCCACGACCGCGCUGAUUCAUUGCUCGUACCAUAUAUGCCCUUUUGAGGUUCAAGGUGCGGAUGUUCGAUGCUCUCCUCCCAUUAAACAUUGCAGAUACACGUAUGAGUAUCAAUAUAAUAGUACUAUCUCGGGUGUUUAUGUCACUGAUAAAAUGCAUUUUGACAUGAUCCUCAAGCAACCUUCUCCUUCCAAUGUAAACUCUUCAGCCACUGUGUUUUUUGGGUGUUGUACCAAUCUUGAUUGGGGUUUGAUUGAGACACCAACAACAUUUGAUGGAAUCUUUGGGUUUGACCCUGGUUCUCUGAAUGUUGUGUCUCAAUUGUCAGCACGUGAAAUACUACCGAGUGCUUUUUCUCAUUGA